GGUCUUGUAGUAGAAUACUGAUGCACUUGUCAAGAGCGUAUGUCCCUGAUACUAGAAAACUGAACACACUGGAUUUGGCAUCUGACGUAGAAGAUGUCAUAUUGGUACAGGGCAUGGCUUCCGAUCCACAGACAAAUGAACUGUACAGAGGAGUGUGUUAUAUACCUUGUACUGUCAGGACAUUAAUCUUUCCGCAAGAUUGUAAGGUGAAACCAUUGAUAGUACUGAUUGGAAACGUAGAUUACACAUUAGACCCGAAUCUUGAUUGGUCAGGAGGUACCGAAGCUAAAUUAAAUCAAGUUCAAAACAAGACAUACGUUAUCACUAAGAGCAGAAGGCGCCCAUCUUCUAGACCAUGGACGGUCAGAUCACCAUCUGAAUGGAGCAUGCCCGAACCUAUUUCGGAAGAAGUUAGACAAAGGUUUAAUUUCCGUUUAAGAGCCAAUUCAGCUGACCCUAGCGAAAACGAAAGGGCUAAAAGUAAUCAUGUAUAUAGAAUGUUAUCGUUACCAAUUACUUAUGAUAAUCCUGCAUUUACAACCAGCGAAGAUCGUCACAAUGAUCAAGAGGAAACAACAGAAAAUAUUCCUUUUGGUACGAUUAAUGAAGAACAAGCAAUCGAAGAAGUUACAAUUGAUAUGCAACAUCAAAAUACAGUCAACGAAACACAGAAUUCGAAACGUAAAUUUUUAAAAUUUAGAACUAAAGAGAAGUGACAUACAAAUCUUAAGACAUUUUUGUACAUAGUAUAUACAAAAUACAGUAUUUUAUUUUAAAGAUGCUACUGUAAGAACGUUUCUCAUCGAGUCAAAAAAGCUCUUUAAAAUAUGAUCUGUUUACUUCAUCUUUUUUUUAAAAAUAACAAGUUAAAGAAGGAGGAACUUCGAAUCUAAAUAAUCUACCCGAAAAUAUUUGAAUAAAAUGAAUAAUAAAUAAACAAUCGUAGAAUGUAAAAGAUUUCUUUACAUUCCACAUUGGAUGAGAUCAAGUAAAAUGGUUCCGAACACCUAAAAUUGCAUAAAAUUUACUGUAGAAAAACAAAUUAUAAAUCCCUGUAGCAAUUCUUAGAAAUUUCUUACAUGCCCUAAAACUUCAAAUCAUUCAAUUUUUAUUAAAAUCAAAUUUGCAUGUAAAUUGACGUUUACAAGUCGGCUCAACUGAAGAUGAGUUGAAGUUAAAAAAAAUAAAAAAAAAACAUUAAAUUAAAAA